AUGGGGCGAAAGGAUUUGCUACUUUUCUGGAGCUGGGAAUCUUUCAGGGUUCUCGGUGUCCUCUUCUCUCAAGCCAAAAUUGCUACCUUAGCCCACCUUGACAGUCUUGCUGACGGUACCCCGAAUUCAAUCGGGGAUAGAUUCAUGGGUGCCAAUGGGCGCAUUGGAGCCAACUUAUUCACCUAUAACGAAGAACUGUUUGACCAACCACUGUUUGACGAACAAUUUUCCUAG